GUAGGUAUUCGAUUUAAUAAUAAUAAACCUAUAAGGUUAUUAAAAUCUACGGUUAUUAGUACCCUAUUUAGUAAUAUUACUUUUUACGUCUUACUAACUAAUACUCCUUUUUUAUACUACUUAAGGGAUAUAGAUAAGCUAGGAGUAUACUUUAAUAAUAUUAAUAACUUACUAAUUAAAACUACUACUCCUAGCCGAUUUAAAUUUACCCUACGAGAUAAUUACGAUUUUAACUAUAAAGUCGUAAUUAACGUAAUAUACUUAAUAGAUUAUAAGGGUACUAACCGACUAGUAUUUUACGUUAUUAAUACUACUACUUCUUUUUAA